ACAUUUGUGAAUCGUGUUACGUUUGUUUGAAUCGUGUUACGUUUGUUUGUUUGAAUCGUGUUAUGUUUGUAUGAAUCGUGUUACGUUUGUUUGGAUCGUGUUAAAUUUGUUUGAAUCGUGUUGCGUUUGUUUGUUUGAAUUAUGAAACUAAUCUAACUCCAUAGGGGUUCAGAGUUUAACCCAUGACAGUUGUAAAUAAGUACUAUACACACCAGUGUAAAACUUGCAGCUAUUAUAAAGAUGUCAAAAGAAAUGAAAACGUUUCUUCUCGAUACUUUCAAGUCCCAGGCAACGUCGAUUAUGGCGGUAGUAACUGAAGCGAUUGUGGUGGAAUUGAACCUCGUCGCACACAAUCCAAACUGGCAGGGGCAGUUUUCCACUAUCAUGAAUUUGAUGGUGGAGGAAGCUAUCCGCACAUUAUGCCGUGUGUUUUUGGAGCUCAUCGUACACUCCGGAAACAUUCUGAACGCCAGGUUGUCCGACAUGGAAAAAGAGUUGGGCAUUAAGAAAAACAAGGUGGCACAGGUGGACAGCGAACAGGAAAAUAUGCGGUUGAACAUUGCGAGGAAUAACGUGCAAGACUCCAUAUCAGCAGGAGAGGUUUGUCAAACAAACCGAAGUAGUUCGACUCAACGCUUUGGACGUGGGGAAAUGAAGAGGGAAUUGCACACAGCCACAAAACGCCUUGUGAAGCAGAAAAGGAAUUUGAAGUCAAGCACAGUGCUUACCUUAAAUCUGCAGACUCAGACCCAUGCAAGUGAGCUGAACCCAGAGCUUGAUAUCUCAAGUCCUGGAAAUGCUGUACACGGUGGACCUCUUUUGGAAUCUGCCUCCAUGGAGGAUGACUGUUCCCUGGACGCUGCAGAGCCUAGUCCUGUCAGCAAGGCCAGCCCAUCCAGAGAAGCCGUCCUGGGCCCUGAGCACCAGGCGGACCCCCUCCCUGAGAACCCAGCGCCUGGCUCUGCCCGAGAACACAGCUUCCCCACACGUGUCCCGGCGUCGUCAGAGAACACAGAAAACCCCGACCCAGAGAAGGGCCCUCGUUCAGCCCCAGAGGAGAAACACGUGAAAUGUGACGUCUGCGACAGGAAGUUCCGUUACUACGCUGAAUUGAAGAAACACACACGCCGCUUUCACUCGGAGGAGCAGCCGUACGUCUGUGGGCAGUGUGGGAAAACGUUCAAGUUUUCCGGUUCCCUCGGUAAACACAUGCGCGGGCAGCACGCGGAGCGCCCCGGCUGCAGGGCUUGUGGGAAGACGUUUGCCACGCUACAACGGUUGCAAUCCCACGAGCUCACGCACACGUCAGGCAAACCGUUCACCUGUCCCACCUGUGAAAAGGGUUUCGCCCAGAAACACUACCUGGACGAUCACCUGACCAUUGACACGGGUGAGAGGCCUUACGUCUGCAGCACCUGUGGGAAGAGCUUCCGGAAUUCUUUCCACCUGAAGUGCCACGAACGGAUACACAGCGACGAACGACCGUUUGAGUGCCCGGACUGCUGCAAGGCUUUCAGAACGAAGCCGGGCCUUUCCAAGCACAGGCUGGUCCACACAGGAGAAAAGCCACAUCAGUGCCAGGCCUGUGGGGUGUGUUUUUCCUACUCUGGAAACCUGGCCAGACACAUGGUGAUCCACACCGGAGAGAAGCCGUACGGCUGUGAGCAGUGUGGGAAGGUCUACACUCAGUCCACUGCCCUCAGAGAGCACCUGGUGUCGGUUCACAGCGAUUCCAGAGACUUCAUGUGUGACACGUGUGGGAAGAAGUUCUCCUUCAAUUUCCAGUUGCUGAGGCACAAGCGGACGGUUCACAGCGAGCAUAAAAAAACCUUCAGCUGCAAAGUGUGCCUGAAAAGUUUGAGUUCCCUGGCUAACCUGAGGAGACACGAAGACAACCACUCCCCGGGUCCCCGAGAGCACGCCUGCAGCUUCUGCGGGAAAGCCUUCGCCACCAAAUACGUCCUGAGCCGCCAUUAUCAGACUUUCCACGCGGCGGAGCUGCCUUACGAGUGCGCGGCGUGUGAGAAACGCUUCCUCUUGAAGUUCUCCUACGAGUACCAUCUGAAACGGCACACGGGAGCCGAGCCCUUCGCCUGCGACGUCUGCGGAAAGAAGUUUGUUCUGAAGUCCGACGUGGAGUCCCACAGACGGGUGCACACGGGGGAGAAGCCGUUCACGUGUGCCACCUGCGGGAUGGCCUUCCGGGCCGGAGGGAACCUGCAGAGACACGUCAGGGUGCACACGGGAGAGAAGCGUUACAGCUGUGACGUGUGUGGGAGGAAGUUUAGCCAGACCAACAACCUCAAGGCCCACAUGCACACCCACACAGGGGUGAGGCCACAUUCCUGUGAGACGUGUGGAAAAGGCUUUUCUGAUGUGAGACAUUUCAGAAGACACAGUUGUGAGGAUGUGAUUCAGAAAUCUUUAGCCAGCUCUGGAACUCAGAAAGCAAAAAAAUAAAUAGUAUGACUGACAGAUCUGUCUUUAAUCUUUUUUAUUUUUAUUAUUGUUAUUUGUUUUUAUACUAAAGUCAAAGCAGAUAUUUAUUUGAUUGCAGGUUUUGCACUUGUGGUUUCUUACUGCCAAUUUGCCUUGACAGUCUGUUUACAAAAUGUAAAGCUUUGUUCUGGGGACUGAUUCUGACGAUACUGUUACUUUGUAUUGUCUUGUACAAAGCAAUUAAUUUGUUAAUAAACACCUGUUCAAUAUUGUG